UGCGAUCUUUCUGUUGCCUGGAAACGUGAAGUCUGCUUCAGGUAUUCGUAAGUUGAUGUCUCGUGAUUCCUGUCGACACAUGCAGUUUGACUUAUCACGUUCUAGGCGGAGCGAAAGACUUUCAACUCUCUUAGUGGAGCAGACAUCGUACUUCGGCCCAUCACACAUAUAGGACGUACAGGACAUAUAUAAACUUCCCUAGAAGUUCACUGUGCAUUUCUGUUUAGUCUGAAGCAAUGCAAGCUCUCAUGCUAAUCAUUGCAGUCCUUGGCUGCGCGCAAGCCACAAGAUGUGGCAUCAGAAAAGGCAAAGAUAGCGGCCUGCGCAUCAGUGGCGGAGCAGACGCUCUCCCCAACGAAUUCCCAUGGCAGGUGGCAAUGACAACGAAAAGCUGCGGAUGGACCAGUUACGGCUGUGGCGGCUCUAUCAUUAACGAUCGCUGGAUUGUGACAGCAGCGCACUGUGUCGAUUUCAGCAAAAAUGCUUCCGACUACACCAUACUGCUUGGAAAGCAUGAGUUGCGUGCGUGUGAGGCAACGCAACAGGAGAGAACGGUCGACAAGAUUGUAGUGCAUCCGAAGUAUCACGGAACGGGCGUCCCCGUGUACGAUGUUGCUUUGAUGCGACUAUCGGAGCCUCUGAACUGGAACGAUUACGUAGGACCUGUAUGCUUGCCCGAUGAAGGUGACGACUACACCAAUGUGACGUGCACGACAAGCGGAUGGGGAUUUAACGCAACCAAAAAUGGAACAGUUCUUAGGGUUCACCCAAAGGUCCUCCAGAAACUGGAUCUUCCUAUCUGGACUAGUGUAAAGUGUGCCAAUACAUAUGGUACAAUGUAUAAUAGAAAUAGCAUGUUCUGUGCUGGAUAUGAAAACCAAAUCAAAGGAUCAUGUCAUGGCGAUUCAGGUAGCCCUCUAGUCUGCCCAAGGAAAGACGGUCAGUGGGUACUCGCUGGAAUCGUUUCUUUUGGAGCACACAAUUGUACGGGACCUGGCGUUUUUUCACGAGUCACAUCAUCUACGAACUGGAUUCAGUCUACAAUCUGCGAAGACCACAAUUGCUCAUGAGAUCGGGGAGCCCGCAAAUAUGAUGGUCACUCGCAACCUGUCAACAAAUUAUCCCGAAUAUUUCUUUGACUUUUAUAAACAACAAAGUAGAGGACCUCGAUCAUGGUGUCGUACAAUUACAGCAUGCCAGAGACUUUGUAAUCUAUCGCUUAAGUUAUAAGUUAUAUAUAGUUAAGUUAUAUAUAUAUAUAUAUAUAGUUCUCAUCGUAGGAUCCUAGGCGGGUAUGGUACCGGUUGCUUAUCAAUUAUUGUCUUUUCUCUUAUCAUUGUUGUCAUGUGUGACUGCAUUUUUGUGUAUUUGCUACCCACUCCUGGAACGGCUCCAGAGGAGCCAGCAGUAUCUUGAAAUAAAUAAAUAAACAUACAACAUUA